AAUUGUUUUGUCAGUGGCAAGAAGUGUUUUCGUAGCUGGCUUGGUGAACUACUUAUGCUGGAGCAUUAUGCAUAAUGAGGGUUAACCAAAAAGACCAAUAGAGUAAGCCAGUGUAAUUAGUCCCUUUAAAUCUAAGGCUAUUAUGUUAGAACAAGAAAAUUAUCCUUACAGUACAGUAACUAAGCAAGAGAUGAGAUUACUCCCUGCCACCCGAGUCUUUAGUGGUUCCUCCCCACUUCGUAAGUUAACAAAGAAGGUAGACCUUGAGAUACUGUGCAGUACUGAGUCAGUUUGUUUUUCUCCACCACCCAAUAGAGAGUCCAAAUCCCUCUUGAGGUUCAGGCAAGCAGCACAGGAAGUGAUCGGCAGACAUGGAGGGCAGUGGAGCGCUGUUGGUGUGGACACUGGUCCUAGUGUUACACACUGUAGGAGGAGUUGUAGAUGUCACGGUGGUCAGUAAGUACCAGUUCUUUGAGGAGUUAGCGGAUACCUGGCUGUACUGUUACUACACUGGAAGUAUCGUCAACCAGAACAGGUACCCGUUUGGCCUGGAAGUUAACACCGGAGCGGGAACAACGUUCACACGUAAGAGGAACAGUGGCAACGUCUCCGGAGGGAAGAGUGUGAAGAUCUGGGACGAGUCACGAGACUUCAGGGUGGGCGCGUUCUCCUGUCAGGUGAAGAGCCCUGAUGGAACCACAGAAAAGGCCAUCGCCUUGAAAAUGAAGUCAGAAGCUGAUGUCUGGCCAGUGGCCUUCACAGUAACCGCCAGCGCGGGCGACCCCGUGACCCUACAGAUGGAGCAGAAGUCCAGCAGGACUGGUACCCUGGAGUGGAGGAAGGAUGGGACUGCUGGGUCUGUGUUGGAAGGACAGAAUGGACUCAGCCUGAGCAUAGAGAGUGUCCAGGCAUCAGAUGAGGGGAUCUAUGAGUGCUACUAUCAGGGGUAUAAUGAUGGGAAACAAGGGAUCAUGAGGCUUAUUGUCAGAGGUUGUUCUGAGAGAAAGUGGGGUCCGUCCUGUGCAGAGGACUGUCCUGUGUGCUAUAACGGAGGUGUCUGUGAUGACAACACGGGGGAGUGUGUCUGUCCUCCCGGCUUCCACGGCUUCUACUGUGAAAGUGCGUGUGCAGAUAACAAGAUUGGCACCACCUGUACCCGAGAGUGCGUUAACGGAGACUGUACAGGACAGCUGCUGUGUGUGACUGACCCCUACGGCUGCUCCUGUGCUGCAGGACUCAUGGGCAUAGAGUGCACUACAGUGUGUCCAGAGGGCCUGUAUGGAGCAGGCUGUACCCAGACCUGCCACUGUUCGGAUGGACCAGCAGCCUGUAACAUAAAGACUGGAGCCUGUACAGGGGGAUGUCAGGAGUUUUGGACUGGGGAGUCAUGUCAGAUUGCUGAUUGCAACACAGGCACGUACUGCUUAAAUGGCGGGACAUGUUCCUCCACCUACAACCAACUGGACUGCAGCUGUACAGGUGGCUGGGAGGGAGACAGGUGCGAAAUAGAUAAGGAUGAGUGUGCGGCAGGUAACCACAACUGUGAGGGCACCUGUGUCAACACCCCUGGCAGCUACACCUGCACCUGUCCCACUGGCUCACAGCUAGCAGGAGAUGGCUACAGCUGUAUCAGCCCAGAUGAAGUCAAACCCACAAUCUGGGGUUUGCCUCCUCCUGACUCCAACAGUGUGGACCUGACGUGGUCCCUGCAUACUGAAGACUUCAGUGGGGACAUUAAGUAUUACCAUAUCAAGUACAGUCAAACAACUGGUCCAACAGAACUACAGACUACACGACAAACACCCAACAAUGCCAGACCAGCAGUUGUGAGAGGUUUACAGGUGUACACCAACUACACAUUCUCCAUCCAAGCUGUGUUGGAGGAAAUUGUGGGGGAGUGGAGUGACCCUCUGGUGUUAGAGACAGAACCAGGAGUUCCGUCUGUGCCAAGAAAUGUGCGGCUUGUGAACAUCUCCUGGCACCAGCUAGAGCUGACCUGGAGUGAACCAGAGCUUGUGCUGGGCCCCUACAUCAACUACAGGGUGGACCUGUACAGACCCGGGGGGCUCACUUGGGUGUGGGACCACGGUCGGCAGAUUUACAGCCAAAACUCGCUUAUGGUAGAGCGGCUAGAACAAGCCACGGAGUACAGAGUCAAGAUACAAUCCUUCAAUGGGAAAUAUGAAAGUGAAGAUGUAUAUGUGGAGGCUACCACAAGCGAUGGGUAUCCCACAGCACCUGUACAAGUACAGAGCAAUGACACAGACACAGUGUGUCAGGUCACCUGGAGUCCACCCGAAAAAACACAUGGGACCAUCACCAAAUAUACAGUGUACUACACUUGGAAUCCACUAGAUGGCGCCAACUACAAGAGCUUUGGGGAUCAAGUUGACAUGUUGCCGACUUCCAGCUCUGUCACCCUGCUGAAGACAGGCCUGGUGAUGAAGGAACUGAAGCCUAAUGCCAACUACAGCAUCACUGUGACAGCCUCUACCUACACAGGCCAGGGCAACCACAGUCAGCCUGUGUACUGUAUUGUACCACCUGGCAAACCAGCCAGGCCAGAGUCUCCUGUUCCUAUCCUGGACAACAUCACGUCCACCACCUUCCCUCUCACACUCCAGCCAGCUUCACAGCAGUACGGACCUGUACAGUGUUACCAUGUGGUGGUGGUAGAGAUGGACACAGGGGUUGGGGUCAACGACCUUCCUACAGCUGAACUGCUGGAGGUCAGAGGUUACCAGGAUACUACACAGACCAACCAGAAGCCACCUUACAACGCUUAUGUCACUGCAGCAUGGGACAGGAACUCCUUACCACAGUCUGUUACUGUUGGAGAUGGAUCCAGGACCAGCUGUGCUUCUGUUGGCAGGAGGAAACGAGAUGAACAGGGUACAUCAGACUGGAUCUACACAGAGACCUUCACAAACAGACCUCUGUCCCCAGGCAAAGCCUACACUGCAGCAGUCAGGGUGUAUGGAACCAGACCACAGGAUGGCUCACAGCCUCACUUCUCAACCAGUAGUUACAUUGACCCAGUGGUCACCAAUAAGGAAGAAGAUUUUCUAUGGGAUAACAUCUGGCCCAUUGUUGGAGUUAUAAUAGCUGUGGUUCUCCUGAUUGUGAUUUGUAUCACUUUGACUGUGUGCCUUAUAAGAAAAAGGUCCUCCCAUAAGAAGGCUCCACCUCCAGUAUCAGACUACCCUUCUGCAGGGGGGACCAGGAGGACAAAUUAUAACAGCAAGAGGCCGGGGGACAUUUCACUGGCAGACUUAGACCCUCCAGCCGCGGCCUACCCCCCCAUCCCGCUGAGCAGACUGGAGGAGCAGUACAACAGACGACACGCUAACGACGACCAACUCUUCAAGGAGGAAUAUGAGACUCUGCCCCAGAAGCUUCCCCAUUCCCAUGAUGCCUUUUCACUUCCUGAGAACAAGGUCAAGAACAGAUUUGCCAACAUCCUGCCAUAUGACCGUGCACGUGUAGUUCUGUCCGCCAUCGAAGGCCAGCCUGGAAGUGAUUAUAUCAAUGCCUCCUUCAUAGAUGGUUACGAUGUUCCUAACAAGUUUAUAGCUUCACAAGGCCCCAAGAAAGAAACUGUGAAUGACUUCUGGAGAAUGGUGUGGGAGCAAAACUCAGCAACAGUUGUGAUGGUUACAAACCUGGCCGAGAAAAAUAAGACCAAGUGUCAUCAGUACUGGCCAGAGGAAGGUGUUGGUCAGUAUGGGGACAUCAGUGUGGAGGUGACAGAAGUGGUCAGACUUGUGGACUUUGUCAUCAGGACUCUGACAGUUCAGCAUAUACAGCUGAAGAAACGUCGCACCAUCACCCAGUUCCACUUCACCAGCUGGCCAGACUUCGGAGUGCCCCAGAGUCCCCUGGGCAUGAUGAAGUUUGUCAAGAGGGUGAAGAUGUCCAACCCAGUAGGGGCAGGGCCUAUCACUGUACACUGCAGUGCUGGUGUGGGGAGGACAGGGACCUUCAUUGUGAUGGACACGUUGAUUGACAUGAUGUCAGCAGAGAUGAAGGUGGACGUGUUCGGCUGUGUGGCCAGGAUGAGACACAACAGGAGCUACAUGGUGCAGACUGAGGCACAGUACAUCUUCAUCUACCAGUCAGUGCUGGAGCACCAUCUGUACGGAGACACAGAGCUGGAGGUGGCUAACAUGCACAAGUACAUGCACAAACUACACACCAAGCAGCCUGGAUCCAACCUCACAGGCAUGGAGACAGAGUUUAAGAACCUGACCAAGAUCCCGAUAGAGAAACACCACAUGAAGUCUGGGAACCUUCCUGACAACAUCAGUAAAAACAGGGUGCUGCAAGUUCUGCCAUAUGACACCCACAGAGUGUACAUCCCAGCUGUACCUGGCCUGAGGAACUCUGAUUACAUCAACGCUUCCUUCAUGAAUGGGUACAGACAAAAGGAUGCGUUUAUUGCAACCCAAGGUCCCCUAGCCCAAACUGUUGCCGACUUCUGGUCCAUGAUCUGGGAGUGGAAGACGUGUUCUAUAGUCAUGCUGACUGAGCUGGUGGAAAAGGGAAGGGAUCAGUGUACCAAGUACUGGCCGGAUGUGUCCAACACUUACCGUGAUGUGACAGUGGAGCUGUACAGUGUGGAGAAACAUCUGGACUACACACUCAGGACAUUCCAUAUCUCCAACAGCAAGGCCAAGGACCAAAGCUGCAGGACAGUACAACAGUUCCAGUUCCACGGUUGGCCGGAUGUGGGAGCCCCCAACACAGCAGCUGGGAUGUUGGACCUGAUUGGUCAGGUACAGAAGCAGCAGCAGAUGUCUGGGAAUGGACCAAUCACAGUGCACUGCAGCUCUGGUGCAGGCCGUACGGGAACGUUUAUUGCCCUGUGUACGAUCCUGGAGCGGGUAAAGACUGAAGGCAUCUGUGACGUCUUCCAGACUGUCAAGGCUCUCAGACAACAAAGGCCCCAUAUGGUGCAGACUCAGGACCAGUAUAACUUCUGUUAUCGAGCGGUGAUUGAGUACCUGGACAGUUUUGACAUGUACGCCAACUUCAAGUGAAGGAAAGUCCUCCACACCCCCGUCAUCAUUCCAGUUUGGUUACCCAGACCAAGUUAACUCUUACGUCUCCGGUCAGUCUGACUAUCCAUGCACAACGUUUUCAAGGUCCUGUACAAGAGCUCCAAUCAUGGACAAUUGCUUGAUGUAAGUCCAAUUUGUUGAUGUAUAUCUGGUGAAGUCACCCAACUCUGGGAUAACUAUGACUUUGCUUAGCCUCUACUAGGCCUUUCUGGGGGGGUCAUGGAUGGCAGAACUUGAUGAAACUAAGGUCAAUAGUUGGCCAGGAUAGUUACUCCAUGCUAAGGGUAUCAUUUCCCUAAAUGUAGUGGAAAAUGAUACGGUAACCCCUAGUAACCAAAUUUCCCUGGCAACUUAUGUCUUGGCCUCUGGACUAGACCCUAAAUAAGCUUCAUCAUGAUUUUUUAUAAUUUUAACUUGUAGCGAAUUAAGAUUAUGAGACUUCAAAAAUCUACUAAGACUGAGAUUGCGAAUCAAGUUUUUGAAGCAUAAUGUAGCAAUGGUGCAUUCUGCAAAUACAAUCAAUGAAACCGAAGUUUAACAGGAAAGGGGGAGCAUAUGUUGCAGUUUUUGUUCCAUAUGAAAAUAGCAGUUACAGGUCUUCCACAUGCCUCUUCCAGUCUGUUGUUUGCUGCUUAGAAUUAUGUUAUUUUGCUGUAUGAUAAUCAAUAUUAUUAAUGACUUACAGAAACAUAUAGAUGUAUGAUUAGGUGCAAACAUUUUACUGAUCAAUAUGUAAUACUUACACUUUCUAAUGUUGCAUUACGAUAACAAAACUAUAUAUGGAGACUCCUGUCUCUAGCUUACAGAGUAGCAAAACUUAAGUUGCAAUACCAUACCAUUGCUGUCGGUACUUAAGAAAAUACAUG